AUGACUGGCUCUGAAAUCAGCUUUGUGGCGCUACGAGUGCUGAAACUUGUUGUUCGAGUACUUGCGCUUCCCUUCAUUUUGUUAUCGAACCUGCUUACACUGAUAUGUGGAGGAUGGUUUGCAAAGCUAGAUGAACGACAUCGGAUUCGAGACGACUGGUACAUAGCGACUUACUUUUUGGUUGCAGUGCCACGUUACAUAUGGAGCGUCUACCGCGGGAAAUUUCAAUUCUGGUACACCUUUAAGCAACAAGUCAACCGAAAUGGUGACCUACCAUGUAUCUCGUAUCCAAGACCAUUGGAUCAGAAGGGUGAAUUUGAGAUGGAAACCUUUACUUACCGAGAGACAUAUGAUAUCGUCUUACGGCUUUCGUUCCUUUUGUACCACGAGUAUGGUGUCAGAGAGGGCCAUACGGUGGCCAUGGAUUAUGCAAAUAAACCAAUGUUCAUAUUUAUGUGGUUUGCGCUUUGGAACAUUGGCGCAGUUCCUUCGUUUCUGAACUACAACUCAAUCGGCGUUCCGUUGGUACAUUCCAUUAAAAUUGCCAACGUCCGAGCUGUUUUCGUUGAUUUGCAGGUAGCCGAAAAUAUCAAAGCGACGGAAAAGGAGAUUCGCAAAGAACUGCCUCAGGUAAAAGUCAAUUACCUGUCCGAGGAGAAAGUCUGCAAGAUCAUUGUGGAUAAGGAAUCGCCACAAUUUUUGCAAGACGCCGGAAAGCGUUCCCCACCUUUUGCAACGGAUUUCCAGCCUGCGUGUCUUAUUUAUACCUCUGGCACUACAGGUUUACCUAAAUCUGCAAUCAUGUCGUGGAGGAAAGCAGUGAUUGGCUGCUCAUUAUUUGGCUACAUCAUGAGAAUUAAGAAGGGCUCCACUGUUUUUACUGCAAUGCCUCUUUAUCAUUCAACUGCCGCAUUGUUAGGCGUGUGUGCUGUUUUCUCUCAGGGUGGAUGUGUGGCGAUCUCGAACAAAUUCUCGGCAAGCUCGUUCUGGAAGCAAGCCUACUUAACGAAAUCUACGCAUGUUCAAUACGUUGGCGAAAUUUGCCGCUAUUUGCUACACACGCGUGUCUCAGAAUAUGAAUCAAUGCAUUGCGUGAAAGUCGCCUAUGGUAAUGGGCUAAGGGCAGAUAUCUGGCAAGAGUUUAGGAAUAGGUUCGGAAUACAAGUGAUAGGUGAAUUUUAUGCCUCGACGGAGGCACCAUUCGCUACCACAACAUUUCAAAGGGGCGAUUUUGGUGUGGGUGCAUGCAGGUGUUAUGGAACGGUGAUCAAUAAAAUUCUCUCGAUCCAGCAAACGAUAGUGAGAGUAGAUCCUGAAGACGAAAGCACAGUGUUCAGAAACGAAAGAGGCUUCUGCGAAGUAACACCACCGGGUGAACCAGGUGAAAUGCUUAUGAAGAUAUUUAUGCCCAAAAAACCAGAGGCAACUUUCCAAGGAUAUCUUGGUAACAAGAAGGCCACGAAGUCCAAAGUUUUGCGCGACGUUUUCCGGAAAGGAGACGCUUGGUAUCGUUCUGGCGAUUUAGUCAAAUCUGAUGAGCUCGGGUUGUGGUAUUUUGUUGACAGAAUGGGUGACACCUUCAGAUGGAAGUCUGAAAAUGUUUCAGCUACUGAGGUGGAAGACCAAAUUAUGAGUUUUGCUAAUUACUUGAUUUCUGCGGUGGUUGUGGUCGGCAUUAAAGUGCCAGAUCAUGAGGGAAGAGCAGGGUUUGCGGUGCUUGAAUUAGCACCGACAGCUAGGGGCUUGCGUGGUGAUGUAAAAUUUCUUAACGAAAUGCUAUCAAACCUAAAGAAGAGUCUCCCCAAGUAUGCUCUGCCAACUUUCGUCAAGUUUGUCGACGAAAUUGAGCAUACCGACAACCAUAAGAUUAAGAAGAAAAGUUACAAAGAUCAGGUUUUGCCACAUGGAGCAGGUGGCGAUGAAAUUUUGUACUGGUUAAAAAAUUCGGAGGAGUACAAGCCACUUACAAACACGGAUUGGAUCGACAUUAUGUCCGGUACCACGAAGCUAUGA